AUGUCUCAACCGUGCUCGGUAAACAAAUGUAUUCGUAGAUCACGUGGCUUAUGUGAUUGCUGCCAGAAAGUUCUGUGUUUACAACAUUUGAGUGAACAUAAUGCCUUACUUGUGGCCGAAUUGAAUCCAUUCACUGAUGAAAUUAACACACUUCGAGAUCGUCUGAAAACAUUCAGUAUUCAGAACACUACUAGCAACGGUCGUCAAAAGCUUCAACAAUGGCGUGAGGAUUGCCAUAAGAAGAUUGAUUGUUUUUUCGAAAAGAAAUGUCAAGAACUGGAUCAAAUUAUUAACGGAAAAGUUGAAAAACACCGAAAAAAACUAAAUGAUUUGCAUUCGAAAAUCACUGAUCUCAUUAAUACACAAGAAACAACUCGUGAAGAUAUUGAUUCAUUGAACUCAGCUAUUCGCCAUCUGAAAAGUCAAAUGAACAAAGUUGAACAACAAUGUUUUACGAUUGAUACUCGCCCGUUAGUAAUAGAUGACUCAUUCGUUGUUAUUCAAAAAAAGAGUGAAAAUGAAGUUGACCUAUCGACUCUACCGGUUGUUUAUACAACAAUAAAGCGUCCAGAGAAAAGCUUUGGAUCGUUGGCUAGCAAUGCUCGACACUUAUUACUACAUCGGCACCCACAUCUAUGUUUAUUUGAUCGUGAGAUCAAAAAUACAAAACAAACUUUGUGGACUCACGGUACCAUUCAAGACAUGUGUUGGUCGCGAACACUAGAUCGAUUUGUUAUUCUUGGAGUAAAUAGUAUCUUUCUUUUUAACGAAAAUACAGUGUCAGUUGAUGAGGUACAGACAAUCAAUGAGCGACGAUGGCUAUCCUGUACAUGUUCAGACACAGUUCUAUUUGUUAGCACAAAUGAAUUGGGUUCAUCGAUUAUGGAAUUUGCUUUAGCACCAGUGAUCAAAUACAUUAGAGAAUGGAAACCGCCUCUCACGUGUACCAAAGAUGAAGAUAUCGAUGAUAUUGUUUAUCAUGGCGGAAAUCUCGCUUUGAUGACUAUGAAUAACAUUGAGAAAUCGCUACGCAUUGAACUGAGGUAUGCACGUAACCUUAAUUGUAUCUGGUCGAUUCCACUUGAUAUAAAAUGUGUCCAUAGUAUGGGAUUUCAUUGCUGCAUAUUGACCUGUGAUGAGUGGCUUAUUGUGGACUAUGAAACUGGACGCCUGUUGCAGAUCACAAAAGAUGGUAAAAUGAAGAAAACAAUUCAAUAUGGUCCAACCCCUUGUCGUGCUACGUUGUUUGGCAAAAAUACACUCGCUGUAGUGACUUAUGAUCAUUCACCGGUGAGUGAUGAAGCAGACGAAUCAGCACCUAUGGCAACACCAACAUUCGCUCAAAUGACUCCUUUAUUAUUUCAGCAACAGAUAAAUACAGUUUAA